CGGGGGGCGGGAGCUCGAUGCAGCCAGCUCCUCCCGCUAGCCCUGGCUUCCGCCACACCGACCCCGCCAGCGGAGCUCGCCGCCGGGGCGAGCCGUCACGUGAGCUCGCCAGAGACCCGGAAGAGCGGCCGGCGGCAUCACCGCGCGGCUUCGACUCCGGCGGACUCGGCUUGCUGCGAUGCGGGCCGCCUGGGGCGCCGCGUACUCGGCCGCGGCCGGCCUGCUGGGGGCGCUGGCCGCCUGCUCCGCUAAACUGGCUCUGGGCGCCGAUUACCUGCGGGAGGCGUGUGCGGCUGCGGCCGGAGGGGAGGAGGCGGCCGCCGGCGCCUGUGUCUGGUUACACGUGGUGCUCAGAGUAGGAUGCGUCGGUCUGGUGUUUGCAUGCAAUGCUGUCAUGUGGACCUUCUUUGCAAAAGCCCUCCACCACUCCUCUUCCUCAGCGACCGCCACAGUGACAACAACAGCCUCCAACUUCAUCUCUUCGGCUUUCCUGGGCAAGCUGCUCUUUGGAGAGACUCGUGCACUCUUGUGGUGGGUAGGGAUCAGCGUGACACUCUGUGGACUCCUGCUGCUGCACACAGCUUCACCUCACACAGAACAGCAGCAUUCUGAGAAGAAGGACAAAUAGAAACUAAACCCACUGGAUUAGUUUGUGUCAACAAUCUAAUGACAAAAUCAGCCUUCAGGCCUUUCUGCUGUAGGUGGGUGAUGCUCCUGCAGACUUGCUCCUUGAAUGAUUCCCCCCCGCCCCAUGUUGCUGUCAUGGUUACAGGGCGAACUGUGCUUUGUUUUUUGUUUUUUUGUUUUUUUACUCCCUCCCCUUGAGUGAUAGGCCUGACUGCCUGCUCCUCACUCCGGGCGGAACUAUGCAGUCCAACCACUCUGGCUCUGGGUCUCAGACUCCUUGUUUCUCAACCACGUGAUCUGAGGCCCAGCUGAGUGAGGCAUCUGUAAGCCUUUUCGCUCUGGGGACUUGUGACCAGCAAAGUGGUUAAAAGUGACUCAAAACAGCUUCUUCAAAACAAUGCAUCAUGUAUUCCUUUCCACGGAGCAAAGAGUACAAACAUUAAAGGGCUACAUGCAGAUUUCCCUUAGCCUAAGCCUUAAUCUUUCCUUGCCAGCUUUCAUGUGUCUCAGCCAGGCCUGUCGUCUCUGUCUACAUUGGGAAAAGCUGACUGCCCCUGCUGCAAUUGCUGUGUCUCUGUGUCCCCUUGCCAGCCUGUCAGCUCUCACUGACACUCCCAGGGCAGCCUCUUGCCACUCCUGCAGCCCUCACCCUUUUCUAGGCCUAGGGUCCUCUAAUGUUUAGUAUCCUCCUCUUGAUCCUAGGCUUAGCCUUAGGAAGAGCAAUCUAGCCUGGCUGGAGUCUACUAGGAGUUAUUCCCCCAAUAAACAGCUUUUCCGUUGCUUCCUCAGAACCCUCGUCUAUGUUAUUGUGUUACCUUUCCUGCUUGGGUCCUCUAACAACCCUUUUGCUCUACCUCCAUGGUAAGUGACCCAUCAUAAACACACACAGCCAUGCACCAUAUUUAUAGAAAAUAGUACAGCUAUUUCCUGGUUGCAUUGUCUGUUUAGGACCUCAGAGACUGUGACAACAGGGCUGGAUUAAGGUGAACUAAAGCAUUUGUACUGUACCAUGAAGUAGAACAACACAAACGGUUUCAUUUCUGUACGCUGUGAGGCACCUAGCACUCUGUUCUUGGUAAAUAAUAUGUGCCACAGUGUUGGCAGGUGGCUAUUCAAGGAGUCAGGAGGGAAUUCUUGUCUCUCCAAGCCAGUGGUACAAUUCUUGGAGCAAUUCCUAUUUUACAUUUCAGCAGGCAAAGGUAUGAUACUGUGUAUCGAAUCAUUGGCCCAAACUCUGCUCCUGUUUAUUCCUAAACUCUUGGAUGUCACUAGGGUUGCGUGGAUGUACUUGAAAGCAAGAUUUGGCUAAGAGUCUGUAGAGAUGGAAGAGACUUGUUAAUUCAUCUGCUGCAGUCUGUUCACUGACCAGGGUGGGGUUGUUCCCUUGUCUAGUUCUAAAUGUCCCAAACAAUGUGUGUUCCACCGCUUCCAGGGCC